AUGAAGUUCAGCCUGUCCCUUGCCCUCUGCUUCCCCUUCUGCCUGGUGGGCAUCGCCAGCUCAGAAAAGACCUCAGCCCAUCUCGAGCGAGAGGCUCCCCAGGAACUGCUCCAAACUCUGCCUGCCCUGUGCCGGCUCCCCCCCGUCAAGGGCCCCUGCCGAGGCCGUUUCUACCGCUAUUUCUACAACUCUACAGCCCAUGAAUGUGAGCACUUCACCUACGGUGGCUGUCGGGGCAAUGCCAACAACUUUGAGACCACAGAGAUGUGUCUGAGGGUCUGCAAACCCCCCGGUGAGUCCUCUUACAGAAACGGCAGAAGCAAAGGUGGCCAUCGGGUGGUGGUGCUCGUGGGAAGGGAGACGCGGUGCUGCUGGCCCAGGGAAGGCAGCAAUGUAACCUUCACGGGGGAUGACGGUGUUGACAGAGACGACGAAGGCGAGGGUGGCAGUGAUCAGGGUGAGAGGCCCCGGCACCUGCCUGUUCUUUGCUGCCUGGGGCUCGACUACCAGCUCAGCUUCUACUCCACCUGUUCAGCUGGAGCCACGUCCUAG